AUGUGAUCACUGAUUUCACCUGACUGCUGUGACCUCACUGGUCCUUUACCCGGAUGGGAGCUAGUUACUACCCUAAUCGAUAUCUGUGUGAGCUGCAAUCCCAGUGACAUGAGUUCCAGUACUGGAAUAGACGUUAUUCUCACGCACGGCAGUGACAGGCACAAGGUUUUGGUGGUUGCUCAGGAACCAAAUGAUGAACCAACACUACAGGACCUGGCUUUGGCUGCUGAGAAAAUUACUGGAGUGGCCAUUGGAUCUCAGAAACUGAUAUAUAAAGGAAAGUCACUGAAGGAAAUGGAGGAGAAGAUGUUGACAGUGGGCAUCAAAAAUGGUUGUAAAAUAAUGUUAAUUGGAAAAAAGUGCUCUCCAGAAGAGGACGCUGAAUUAAAAAAACUAAAAGAUUUCGAGAAAUCGGUGGAACAACUUGAAGGCAAACUUGAAGAAGUUAAAAAAGAACUCUCUGGAAUCCAGAAGGGAUUUCUUAGUAAAAAUCUUCAAGCAGAAGCACUUGGCAAGCUUGACAAGAGAGUAAAGACUUCAAUGGAACAGUUUAUGAACAUCCUGGAACAGGUUGACUCUCUGAAUGUACCAGAGAAUUUCAGUGACCUUCGACAAAAACGUAAGGGAUUAGUGAAAAGAAUUCAGAUUCUUCUUGCAAUGUGUGACACAGCUGAAGGAAACAUUGGCCAGGAAAUGGACAAGUUGAGAUGUCAGAAUUUGGCGUUGUCAAAAUAAAGUAUAAUUUAUAUUAGUAUGUAAAUUGCUCUAUGAGCAAAUUUGGAGAACAAAAAAUGAAACCAAAACACAAAGUAUGCUCUUUGUUUUGGAGCUAUAUCCAGUUUUUAUUUUUUCUGUAUAUUGUGUAUUGGUGCUGGUAGAUUUUCAUUUAUUGCUUGAGUGAAAUUUAUUAUGUUCUAUUUUGAAAGUACAAGUAAAAUAAAAAACAUGUAGAUCAAUUCAAAGACUUGAAUUCACUAACGGCAGAGCAGCCUCUCCCAUAAGUGAAACAACUCUAUUUCCUAUAUUAUUUUAAUUAGCCUUUUCUAGAGCGCUGUCUUUGUGACUAUUGGCAUUGCUGCUGUACUGUUGGAUGAAUUAUAUAUUUAUGAUAACCAUUUUGUGGUGUAUAAUAGAAAUUAUUAGUUGAUAAAAAUGAAUAAAAACAUGGAACAACAUUAAAAAUGUUGUGUACUAAGAUAUCAUUUUAAACACUCAUUUAAUCUGCUAAAAUAUCUGUAUAGAUCUUGUAGGUAAAACUACCUAUAUUUUAAGAAGUCCAUACCAUAAAACCUGUUUCCAUUUACCUAAUUAAAUACAUCUCAAGGAGAAAUGGUUUAAUUAUUAAUUGUGAUAAAGGAUGUCUAAUUUAUUUAGAACUUAUUGGACAAGAUGGAGUGUUUAAUGCCCUCGGCAGACAUAUAACCAUUUUGUUUUGAUUUAUCGAUCUGUUAUAACCUGUUAUGGUCGUCUAAGGAAGAAAAUAAAUAAAUUGUUAAAUAUUA